AAAGGACUGCAAGCAAGCGGAGUGGCCGGCACACAAGCUAGCUCAGGAGGCUUGGUUGGCACUAGAUCUCCUGAAGCAGCUCAAGAACGCACCGGUCUGUUUUCAGCCUGACGGUUCAUCUACUGACACACCCAUGAGAGAAGUUGCUGCUUUCACCUAGCUAACAGUGAGGAAUGAUCUGGAGUUGGCAUGUCUCACCACUAGAGCAGCUCCCAGGGGCUCUCUCUGUGCCAGAGUGGCAUUGCCAGGCUUGGUAUCUGUUUCUUUGGGGCUGAAUCUCCUUCUAGGGACGUACCCUCUCUUCUGUUCUGAAGCCCACAGGAGAAGUCACCCAUUCCUUCCUUAAAGCCAGAGAGCGAGAGCAGCAAUGAAUCACACCAUGCCCCAGAAAUUGGGAUUGGAAUGAAUAGAUGCCACCAGAUGCUCUGAACCAGUUGAUAUCCAAGACCAAUUACUCAAACGCCAAAGAACCUAUCAUUGUCCUGAGUCUGGCUCAUACAGUCCAGCCAGAGCAGUACCUAUCUUCUUAACUCCUUUUUUGAGGUCCCAAGUGUGUCCCUCACUGGGGAAAAAAGCUUCUGGUCACUAAGACUUGUACUCAUCAGGCCAGAUACUCUGAAGUUACAAUGGAAGACCACAUGUUUAGUGUUCAACAAAUUCAACCCAAUGUCAUUUCUGUAAGGCUGUUCAAACGCAAAGUAGGAGGUUUGGGAUUCCUGGUGAAAGAACGGGUUAGCAAGCCUCCAGUGAUUAUAUCUGACCUCAUCCGGGGUGGGGCAGCUGAACAGAGUGGUCUUAUCCAGGCAGGAGAUAUCAUCCUUGCAGUCAAUGGCCGGCCCUUAGUGGACAUGAGCUAUGAUGGCGCCCUGGAGGUUCUGAGGAGUAUUGCCUCAGAGACUCACGUGGUCCUCAUCCUGAGGGGCCCCGAAGGUUUCACUACUCACCUGGAGACUACAUUCACCGGUGAUGGGACACCCAAGACCAUUCGAGUGACCCGACCCCUAGGUCCGGCCACCAAAUCAGUGGAUCUGUCCCACCAGGCUGUGCCCAGCAAAGAUCAGCCCCCGGGGCUGGACAGUGCUGUGGCCCUCCGGAAUGUGCCUCAGCACUCCAGGGAAAAUGGUCAAGAGGACAAUUCCCUGGCACAAACCAACGGCAUGGUACCUGACCGGAAAGGUGAGGACCCCACAAAGAAAAGUGCCCUGGCUGGCCUGCCCAGUGGUGGGGAGAGCAAUGACCUUCUCCGAGAGAUCCAGCCAGUGCUGAACCUGCUCACCAGUGGCAAGAAGGAAAUCAAUGGAGGGCAGCCACACAAGAUAGAGACAAGGGAUGCAGAAGUCCAGGCAGACAGAGACUCAGAAGGAAAGCCCCACAAGCUUCUGCCACUUGGGAUGGAGAAUGACCGCGUCUUCAAUGAUUUGUGGGGGAAGAACAACAUGCCUGUUGUCUUGAACAACCCGUAUUCAGAAAAGGAACAGCCUCCAACCUCAGGAAGGCAGUCACCUACCAAGAAUGGCAGUCCUACCAAAUGUCCUCGUUUUCUCAAAGUCAAGAACUGGGAAACAGAUGUGGUCCUCAAUGACACGCUCCACCUCAAGAGCACCUUGAACACAGCUUGCACUGGACAGAUCUGCAUGGGUUCCAUCAUGUUCCCCUCCCAACACAUACGGAAGCCUGAGGAUAUCCGGACAAAAGAGCAACUCUUUCCCUUGGCCAAAGAGUUCAUUGAUCAAUACUACUCAUCUAUAAAGAGAUUUGGCUCCAAAGCCCACACGGAUAGACUGGAAGAAGUGAACAAGGAGAUAGAAACCACCAGCACCUACCAGCUGAAGGACACAGAGCUGAUCUAUGGAGCUAAACAUGCCUGGAGAAAUGCUUCUCGCUGUGUGGGCAGGAUCCAGUGGUCCAAGCUGCAGGUGUUUGAUGCACGAGACUGCACCACAGCCCAUGGGAUGUUCAACUACAUCUGCAAUCAUGUCAAGUACGCCACAAACAAAGGGAACCUCAGGUCUGCCAUCACCAUAUUUCCCCAGCGGACAGAUGGCAAGCAUGACUUCAGAGUCUGGAACUCACAGCUCAUCAGAUACGCAGGCUAUAAGCAGCCUGAUGGCAGCGUCCUAGGAGACCCCGCCAACGUGGAGUUCACAGAUAUCUGCAUUCAGCAAGGCUGGAAGCCUCCAAGAGGGCGUUUUGAUGUCCUGCCGCUUCUGCUCCAGGCCAAUGGCAAUGACCCUGAGCUAUUCCAGAUUCCUCCAGAGCUGGUUUUGGAAGUGCCCAUCAGACAUCCCAAGUUCACAUGGUUCAAGGAGCUGGGGCUGAAGUGGUAUGGUCUGCCAGCCGUAUCCAGCAUGCUCCUGGAGAUCGGAGGCCUCGAGUUCAGUGCUUGCCCCUUCAGCGGCUGGUACAUGGGCACUGAGAUUGGCGUCCGUGAUUACUGUGACAACUCGCGAUAUAACAUUCUCGAGGAAGUGGCCAAAAAGAUGAAUUUGGACAUGAGGAAAACUUCCUCCCUUUGGAAGGACCAAGCCCUGGUGGAAAUCAACAUUGCCGUGCUCUACAGUUUCCAGAGUGACAAAGUGACAAUUGUCGACCACCAUUCAGCUACCGAGUCCUUCAUCAAGCACAUGGAGAAUGAGUACCGCUGCCGAGGGGGAUGUCCAGCUGACUGGGUCUGGAUCGUUCCACCCAUGUCUGGCAGCAUCACACCUGUCUUCCACCAGGAAAUGCUCAAUUAUCGACUCACACCUUCCUUCGAGUACCAGCCAGAUCCAUGGAACACCCAUGUGUGGAAAGGUACUAAUGGGACCCCAACAAAAAGGAGAGCCAUUGGCUUCAAGAAAUUGGCAGAAGCUGUGAAGUUCUCAGCUAAGCUGAUGGGUCAGGCCAUGGCAAAAAGAGUCAAAGCCACCAUCCUCUAUGCUACAGAGACAGGCAAAUCCCAGGCCUAUGCAAAAACCUUAUGUGAAAUCUUCAAACACGCCUUCGAUGCCAAGGUCAUGUCCAUGGAAGAAUAUGAUAUUGUACACCUAGAACAUGAAACGCUGGUCUUGGUGGUUACUAGCACCUUUGGCAAUGGAGACCCUCCAGAGAAUGGGGAGAAAUUUGGCUGUGCUCUGAUGGAAAUGAGGCACCCCAAUUCUGUGCAGGAGGAAAGGAAGAGCUACAAGGUCCGUUUCAAUAGCGUCUCCUCAUACUCUGAUGCCAGGAAAUCUUCAAGUGAUGGACCCGACCCGAGAGACAACUUUGAAAGUGCCGGGCCCCUGGCCAAUGUGAGGUUCUCGGUGUUUGGCCUUGGAUCGAGGGCAUACCCCCACUUCUGCGCCUUUGGCCAUGCGGUGGACACCCUUCUGGAAGAACUUGGAGGGGAACGCAUCCUGAAGAUGAGGGAAGGAGAUGAGCUCUGUGGUCAGGAAGAAGCCUUCCGAACGUGGGCCAAGAAGGUCUUCAAGGCAGCCUGUGAUGUGUUCUGUGUGGGAGAUGAUGUCAACAUCGAGAAGGCCAACAACUCCCUCAUCAGCAACGACCGAAGUUGGAAGAGGAACAAGUUCCGGCUGACCUAUGUGGCUGAAGCUCCAGAGCUCACCCAAGGUCUGUACAGCAUUCACAAAAAGCGAGUAUCUGCUGCCCGGCUCCUCAGCCGUCAGAACCUUCAGAGCCCUAACUCCAGUCGAUCAACCAUCUUUGUGCGUCUCCACACCAAUGGGAACCAAGAGCUGCAGUACCAGCCUGGGGACCAUCUGGGUGUGUUCCCUGGCAACCAUGAGGACAUGGUGAAUGCCCUGAUCGAUCGACUUGAGGAUGCCCCUCCCGCCAACCAGCUGGUGAAAGUGGAGCUUCUGGAGGAGAGGAAUACAGCUUUGGGUGUGAUCAGUAACUGGACCGACGAGCACCGGAUCCCGCCCUGCACCAUCUUUCAGGCUUUUAAGUACUACCUGGACAUCACCACGCCCCCAACCCCCCUGCAGCUGCAGCAGUUUGCCUCGUUGGCCACCAAUGAGAAAGAGAAGCAGCGUCUGCUGGUCCUCAGCAAGGGCUUACAGGAGUACGAGGAGUGGAAAUGGGGCAAGAACCCCACAAUCGUGGAGGCCUUGGAGGAAUUCCCAUCGGUGCAGAUGCCGUCCACUCUCCUGCUGACCCAGCUGUCCCUGCUGCAGCCCCGCUACUACUCCAUCAGCUCCUCCCCGGACAUGUACCCCGAUGAGGUGCAUCUGACCGUGGCGGUUGUGUCCUACCGCACCCGAGAUGGGGAAGGACCGAUCCACCACGGGGUCUGCUCUUCUUGGCUCAACCGAAUACAGCCAGAGGAAGUGGUACCCUGUUUUGUCCGAGGAGCGCCCAGCUUCCACUUGCCCCGUGAUCCCCAGGUACCCUGCAUCCUGGUUGGCCCAGGUACAGGAAUAGCACCUUUCCGGAGCUUCUGGCAGCAAAGGCUAUUCGAUAUCCAGCACAAAGGCAUGUCUCCAUGUCCCAUGGUCCUGGUCUUUGGAUGUCGGCAGUCCAAGAUUGACCACAUCUACAAGGAGGAAACCCUACAGGCCAAGAACAAAGGUGUCUUCAGAGAGCUGUACACGGCCUAUUCCCGUGAGCCAGACAAACCAAAGAAAUAUGUACAGGAUGCCUUACAGGAACAGCUGGCAGAGACUGUGUACAGAGCCCUGAAGGAGAAAGGGGGCCACAUCUACGUUUGUGGGGAUGUCACGAUGGCUGCCGACGUCCUGAAAGCCAUCCAGCGCAUCAUGAUCCAGCAGGGGAGACUCUCGGCAGAGGAGGCUGGGGUGUUCAUUAGCAAACUGAGGGAUGACAACCGCUACCAUGAAGAUAUAUUUGGAGUCACCCUGCGCACGUACGAAGUGACCAACCGCCUUAGAUCUGAGUCCAUUGCCUUCAUUGAAGAGAGCAAGAAGGACACUGAUGAGGUGUUCAGCUCCUAACCAGGUCCCUUCUGCCCCAUUCGAACGGAUGCCAGGCUGGGCUGCCUGCCCCCAGGCCUUCUCCAGGCAGAAGGUGCUAGGUUUUGGAAAGAUGGACGCUGCUGACUCUUUCCUAUGGGACUCCCGUGAAAUGCGCACUCCCUCUUGUCCUGUUGUUGCGUCGUGGUUUUUUUGUUCGUUUUUCUUCUUUUCGGACUUCGAGUCCCGUGGGGUUUCCCUUGGCCCCCAUUUGUUUCCUCUGAACUUUUCUGCUGCAAUGCAAUGGCUUCUCCUCUGCAGUGGCUCUUACAAAAUGACGUCUCUUCUCACCCUCCUUUCUCUCUCUCUAUUCCAAGGGCAUACCACAGCUGCAUGAAAUCACCA